AACGAAGGGAAAUAUCUAGCUGGCAUCCCGUCAUUCGUUUGUUCGACGUCGCUGAAGGUGCUAGAGUGUUGCCGAACGAAACGAGCGUGUGCAAUCGUCGAGUGUCAAAACAUCGAUGAACUUUUUUGUUAUGGUUUGUCGGGUUCAAGGAACCGAAAUCAGUGUUUUCGUCUCGAGUGAACAGAGCUCUAGGACAGUUUAUUAGUUUUUUUCGUCGGUUGAAAAAUCGGUUUUUCACCGGAAGAUCAUCAAUGUUAUUGCCGUCAACCGGACCAGCGGUUGAUUUCCAGUCGGACCUGUACAACGGGGUUGUGGAAAAGACUAAGCUGCUGAGCGCCAAAUGUCUUGGGAAAACCGCGGGAAAUUCUAAAAACGAAUUUUCAGCGAGAAGGAACAAGUUUCGGUUUUGCGUCUGUACCGGUCCGAGGAAGAAUAAGAACACCACCAAGUGGUAUGUGAAGCAGCCCACAUGGCGAUUGUGGGGCGAGGAGAAGGCGGAUGGCGCCCUCUAUACAGUCUACCUCAAAAAAGUACGUUACCAUCGUCCCACCAGGAGCUUAUCAUCCUCCCAUUCGGAUUCGGACGACGAGAUAUCCCAUCUGGAAUGGGAGACGGUGAGGGUGCGAUUCGUGAAGGCGGGCACCCUGAAGAAACUGGUGGAGGCUCUCUCGACAGACGACGGGGAGCUGGAGACCACCUACAUAAACGUCUUCCUGGCCACCUACAGGAGUUUCUCCACCCCUAGAGAGGUACUCAAACUUCUGUUGCAGAGAUACGAAGAACUGUCCGAUUUGCCAGUCAACGGCGAGACGGAUCAGCACGAACAGCAUAAAAAAACCCUGGUGUCCGCCCUCCACGUAUGGCUCGACAGCUAUCCGGAGGACUUCAGGGAUCCCCCCAACCAUCCAGCACUCAGGCAUUUGCUCAGCUUCUGCGAGGAUUACCUCCCCGCCACGGAGCUGGACGCUAAAGUCCGUCAUAGACUCGACAGGUAUACGAGAGAGGCUCACAUAGAUCCCCUACUGAUGACGCCUUCUUCUUUCGCGCUAAGAAACGCGGCGGUGGGUUGGAGGAUGUACAAGUUGCCGGACGUGCCUGUCAGGACGUUCGCGGAACAGCUAACGAGGAUGGAUGUGGACCUCUUCAAGAAAUUGGUUCCACAUCAGUGUCUAGGAGCAGUAUGGUCCAGACGGGACAAAAGUCGAUCUCACGAAGCCGCUACCGUUUUGGCAACGGUAAACCAGUUCAACGCUGUAUCCUUCAGGGUUAUAUCGUCAAUUCUAGUCGAACCUUCACCCAGAGCGAGCGACAGGGCUCAGAUAAUAUCCUGUUGGAUAGACAUAGCUCAAGAUCUCAGGUUAAUCAAGAACUUCUCCAGCCUCAAAGCUAUCAUAAGCGGCCUCCAAAAUAACCCCAUCUACCGACUACAGAAGACAUGGCAAGCGGUGCCGAAGGAAAAGCUGGAGCUGUUCGACGAGCUGGCCAGAAUAUUCAGCGAGGACAACAACCAGUGGACCCAGCGGGAGCUGUUGAUGAGGGAAGGUACUGCCAAGUUCGCCGAUACAGUGGGGGAGAACGACAAACAGCUGCAGAAGAUUUUCCAAAGACAGAACAACCACACGGCCAACAUUUCUUUCGGAACCAUCCCUUACCUCGGUACCUUCCUGACGGAUCUGACCAUGAUCGAUACAGCCAUUCCAGACACAAUCGGUGACGGUCUGAUCAACUUCGACAAACGCAGAAAGGAAUUCGAAGUUCUGGCCCAGAUCAAACUUUUGCAAGGGGCAGCCAACGCUUAUCACUUCGAGGUGGAUCCAGCUUUCGAUAGGUGGUUCGAUUCCCUACUGGUUUUGGACGACAGGGAGGCUUAUCAGUUGAGUUGUCAGAUAGAACCGCCCGUGCAGAACAAGACCAACAAGAAACAACAUCAGAAACACCAGAAGAACGAUUCGAUUGCUUCAACGUCCAGUAGUAACAGUUCGCAGUUCUAUUGCGAGGUUGAUAGCACUCCCAGUUCGCCACACAAUAGCAUAGAUAGGAAAUUGAGCCCUUCCCAGAUGUCGAAUUCGAGCAGCAGUUCGUCUUUACCGUCCCUGGACAUGUCAUUAAACAGUUCUCAUUCGGGUAGUGCGAACAAUCGCUUGCAGGUUCCGUUCAAUAACACUGGGACGUUGAGUCCGAGUUAUAGUCAGAAGAGCAGUCCAGACUUUUAUAUCAUAAAGGUUACCUAUGAGACUGAUAGCGUGGAAACGGAAGGCAUCGUCUUGUACAAAAGCAUUAUGCUAAGCAACAACGAGAGGACGCCGCAGGUCAUCAGGAACGCUAUGUAUAAAUUAGGGUUAGAAGGAAACCCUGAUAAGUACAGUUUGGCGCAGGUUCUUCCCGAUAAAGAAAUGGUACUACCGCCCAACGCCAACGUGUAUUAUGCAGUCAAUACAGCGUACAACCUCAACUUCAUUCUUCGUCUAAAGAAAACUGAUGAAACGGAUAGCACUAACAAAAAAGGAAAGUCGAAGAGCUAGCAUAAGAAAGUGCUCAUCAGACAGAAUUCUUUUUGAAUGCGUAUAUCAGUUUGCAUUUAAUUUAUUAUUUCACGAAUAUGAAAUUUACAGGAGGUAAGGUGAAUGUUAACAAAUAACAUCUGUGAUAAUAUUACAAAAUACUCUGAAAUUGCAUCACUCUAUUUAUUGUUAGCUUUUUAAGUUUCCUUCUUGAUUAUUGUUUUUAGAGCUUUACCCCAAUACAAUUGUUUUAUAUUUAUUACUUGAAUGUCAAAGAACUAGUACAAUCCAAUUGAAGUGGUAUAAUUCUCUGAUACUGAUUUAUUUAAAUUUUGCUGUAUAUUUAUCCUUAUAUAUAUUUUUUGCUAUUUCCUAGAAUAUAUCACUUCAGUAUAAAAUGUAUUAUAUAAUUUGGUAAACUAGUGCAAUUGGAAGAAUUGAAAUUAGAUUUAUCGCUUCUGUGAAGACUAAAAUUGUGGAUCAUGAACAAAUUCAAUACUAAUCGUCUACUCUUACAAUCGGUAUGACCAAUAAUCACACAGUGACCAACUAAUGAAGAUAAUUGGUUAAUUACUUAGUUCAAUAUCGAUGGAAUAUCAUUUUUAGAAAUUGUGACAAUUUUACGGAGAUUGAUAAUCUACUUAGUAUGUACUUAAUUAGGACAAUGUAAUUUUCGAAAAUGAUAUUUAUGUAGAUACCUUUUAAUGUAUUUUUGUAUUAAAAAUUUAUUAAUAGAACAUUGAUUUUAAA